GUGCUCUGCUAGUGUACUAUAGCAUGCUCUACGUUAGCACCAGUUAGCAAGUCGCCGCAGUUCACCAUUGAGGUCAGUCGGAGUAAAAUCACUCUCUCUCCCCAAAGGCAAGUAAUACUGACUAGACACAUUUUAUUGAUUCGCAUAUCGCUAGUUAUAGUGAUUUCGUUACAGUCUAAUGGCAGAAAACGUCUACUGUACUCCUAUUUGGAUAGUUUUGAAUCUCCUAAAGGCCUGCUAAAGAAAUGUUUAUUUUAAAAAAGUCAUUGUUCCGACAUUUAAAACCAAUAAAAUGCAAAGUACGACAUGUAAUGAUCUUUCCUGUUUAAAUGAGUUAAAACAUGCACAGCGUAGAGCCAUCAUCCCCAUCUGCAGGUGCCUGACGGAAAGAGACCACUCUUCUGACAAUUUUGGACAGAAUGGCACCUCACGCUGUGGUCCAGGCCGUCAUCGAUCUCUCUGCUGGAGCUAUAGGGGGGGCCGCGUGCGUUUUCAGCGGCCAACCCCUUGACACAGCCAAGGUCAAGAUGCAGACCUUUCCCACACUCUACAGGGGCUUCAUCCACUGCAUCACGUCUACAUACAAACAAGUCGGUAUCCGCGGUCUCUACCAGGGAACCUCGCCGGCUCUGAUGGCCAACAUCGCUGAGAACUCCGUGCUCUUCAUGAGCUACGGCUUCUGCCAGCAGGUCAUUCGCUUCACGGCGGGCCUACACAGUGAUGCUGUGCUGAGUGACAUGCAAAAAGCGUGUGCCGGCUCGGUGGCGUCCAUCUUUUCUUCGCUGGUCCUCUGCCCUACAGAGCUUGUCAAAUGCCGUCUGCAAGCCAUGUACGAAAUGGAGGCAUCGGGCAAGAUCGCAAGGAGUCAAAACUCGGUGUGGUCUGUGGUGAAAUCCAUCAUGAAGAACGAAGGCCCGCAGGGUUUCUUCCAGGGCCUGACCACCACCAUUGCCAGAGAGGUCCCCGGCUACUUCUGCUUCUUUGGCGCCUACGAGCUCUGCCGCAGUGCCUUUGCCGACUACAUGAAGUGUGAAAAAGACGACAUAGGCGUGGCUCCAAUUGUGUUCAGCGGAGGUUUUGGAGGGGCGUGCCUCUGGCUGGUGGUCUACCCCAUGGACUGUGUCAAGUCUCGAAUCCAGGUCAUGUCCAUGACGGGCAAACAGGGCGGCUUUUUCAAAACCUUCAUGACUAUCGCACGCACCGAAGGUAUUCGAGCCCUGUACUCGGGUCUCACGCCCACCUUGGUCCGCACCUUUCCUGCUAACGGCGCACUUUUCCUGGGUUAUGAGGUCAGCCGCAAGGUCAUGAUGAAGCAGUUUGAUUGCUGAGUUGCACAUUUUUCAACGAGUUCAGAAGGAGUAGAGGUCACCACGGAUGGUGAUGGAAUCUUUUUUUUUUUUUUUUUUGAUCGAACUUGCUCGAGUUCAUCUCCGUUUCUUGUGAAUUUACACAUUGUGUUUACGUUUAGAGCUAACAAUUGUUUGUGCCAUCGAGAGGUUCUACUGCCAAUUCUGAUUUCUGAGAGACAGCUUUUCUAGGUGGCUUUGUCCACACUACAUUCUCGCCUACCUCAGUGUCGUGAAAUGCACAAAAAUAGGCAAGUGUUUGAAGCCUUUCGGAGCAUUUAAUGUAUGCGCACACAUGAAGUAGGAAAAACAAAAAACACUCCUUUUGAAUGCUUGAACGUUUUCGAGGCUUGAAACAGACCUUAUGGGUUUCGCUGAUCUAAUGAUGCCACUCGUUUUAUCUAACUUUUAGUAUUUGGAAAUUCUAUUCAUGGUUCGUGUGUUUUUAGAAAGUGAGAUAUUUAUUUCCUAGUUUUCAAACUAACUGACUGGUGUCUUGGAUUUCAAUAACGGGGUGUGUUUUGACAAAUCCAAAUUCACUAAAUUAACUCAGUGUUUGCCUUCAGAUUUUGUUUCCAAAUGAUCACACCUUUUGCAAAAUUCCUACAAAAAGGUACAGCCCAGCAUUUGCCUUUUAAAAUUCCAUAUUUUGCCUUUUUUUUUUUUUUAGUAGUCCACUAAAUGUACUAUUUGCACUCCAUGUAUAUGGUUGCUCCAGUGUUUUGCAAAACACAAAUAAUCCCAGUCACCCUUGUUGAGACAUGUUUUAUUAAGAAAAUGCCAACAAUUGAACUCUAUACAUGAUAUAUUUAAUUAUCUUGAUAUUGUAGUUAUAAUAUCCAUAUUAAACGUUCCACUGAAACAGCUUA